GAAGGCCUACUCCUCUUUGCUAGCACCUUCUCCCACAUUCUCGUCCAGCUCUGCCCGGGCAUCCCGAGACUUAUGGGCGACAUUACCUACGGCGCAUGCUAUAUUGAUGAUUACACGGCGCGGGCGCUUGGUUACGAUCUACUCGUCCCUUAUUCUCAUGACUGUCUCAUCCCUGUCGAAGUGACGAAGACCAAAGUUCUCUACGUCUUUGUCGAUAGCGGUAUCAACGCUUCACAUCUUCUCGCGUCCCUGGGGCGCAACCUU